AUGGACAAAGAUCAGAAAACAUGCCAGAUCUGCUAUAAACCUUCAGAAUUAUUCAAUUAUGGAGCUCCUUGUUGCAAUGCUUGCAAAAUGUUUUUCCGCCGAGUAAAAACAUUACAAACUCCGUUGAGAGAGUGUGAAAACAAUGAGAUUUGCUACAAAAAUGCAAAUGAAAUCGUCCAUUACGAUUGUAGAUUAUGUCGUUUUCAACAAUGUAUUCGAGCAGGAAUGAUUGAAAAUCAAGAGAAAAUUAGAUUUUUCGAUGUAGUCCCAUUAUUGCAUCAACUGGAAAUUGAGAAAAGAAUUAUUCUUGAGAAUUAUGAAUCAUCGUUGGAUAAUAUAUCAUUUGAAAAAGUUACCGAUGCUGAAACCAUUCAAUUCAAACCGAAAUCAUUGGAUACUCGAUAUAAUUACUAUGAUUAUGAGUUCAUGACUCAGAUUUCAACUAUCGAUUACUUGAAGAAAUUGGAUUUUGUGAAAAUGAUGACGUCAUCUGAUUCAAAGGCAUUUCUCAAAAGUGCAUAUCUGAAUUGUGCUAUAUUGUCGACGGCAAUGCAUUGCUAUUCUCGUAAAAUGGGAUUCAUCACAUUUCCAGAAGGGACUGAUGUAUUCCCAACUGAUAUUGAUAUUAUUCCCAAACAUUUUCCACAAUUAGAGCUUGGAAUCAAAUGCCGAAUGAUCGGUAAAUUGAGUGAAUUGAGGAUAACACAAGAAGAGUUUCUGCUUCUGAAUAUGAUUUUCAUAUGCAACCCGGGUAUUUCUUAUUUGAUUGGAUUUCAGAUGUUCCGAACAUGUCUGAAACCGGUCGUCUACUAUUGA